GUGAAGAGAAAACAAUUGCUAGUUCUUCAUUUUGGAUCCAAUUUAAACUUCAAACUACCUCCAGGAGAAAUGGCAGGAGAUGGACAGCCCAGAGAUGGGACCACACUCAAAUCAGGCUUCAGAAUUUCUCCUACAUGUGGACCAUCAGCAACUUCCGUAUUAUUGUGGAGGAAAGGCUAGGAAGCCUUAGAAGCCAAACUUUCUCAAUAGGAGCCAAUGACAAAUGGUGUUUGGCAGUAAACCUGAAGGGAAUUGAUGAAGUAAGUGCAGAUUACCUGUCAGUUAAUCUAGUUUUGCUCAGUUGUCUAAGGACAAAGUUCCACUUCAGGAACAUAAAUGCUGAAGGAGACAAAAUGGAAACCAUGAGGAGCCCAAAAGCCUUUAAGUUCAUGCCAGGCCUUGACUGUGGAUUCAAAAAGUACAUCCUUCGAGAUUUCCUCCUGUAUCAUGCGCCUUGUCUUCUUCCAGACGACCAGCUCACCCUCCUCUGCAUGGUGAGCAUGAUCCAGGACUCCUUCAGUGUCUCUGACCAGAACAGAAAGCCAGGGAUUCAAGUUCCAAGCUGCACAUUGGCAGAUGAACCAGGAGAGCUGUGGGAGAAUUCCCAGUUCACAGACUGUUGCCUGGUGGUAGCUGGCCAGGAAUUCCAGGCUCACAAGGCCAUCUUAGCAGCUCGCUCUCCAGUUUUCAGAGCCAUGUUUGAACAUGACAUGGAGGAGAGCAGAAAGAAUCGCUUUGAGAUCCCUGACCUGGAGCCACAAGUCUUCAAGGUAAUGAUGGACUUCAUUUACACAGGAACAGCACCAGACCUGGACAGCAUGGCAGAUGCUCUGCUGGCAGAUGCUGACAAGUAUGGUCUGGAAUGUUUGAAGGUCAUGUGUGAGGAUUCCCUCUUCAGGGACCUCUCUGUGGAGAAUGCUGCCUACACUCUCUUCCUGGCUGAACUCCACAGCUCAUGGCAGCUGAAUACCAAGGCACUGGAUUUCAUUACAGCUCAUGCUUCUGAGGCAUCUGAUACCUCAGGCUGGAAGGCAAUGGUGGGCUCAAGUCCCCAUUUAGUGGCUGAAGCCCAAAGUUAUCUGGCUUCUGCUCAUCUCCCUUUCUUGGAGCCCCCUUCAAAUGCUUGA